AUGCACUUCAAAUCUCUCGCAAGUGGAAAUUGGUUAGGUCAUGAGCUGAGGUUUUAUUUUUUACCCAUGUCAAGGCCGGUCUAUGUAUUAUUAUUCGUAAGGUUAUCUAUAGCUGAUAAUCUACUACCCGCGUUUAAUGAAAACACCGGCCUUCCGGGCUCUCUUCUCAACCUCAAAACCAAAAAAGCGCGCAACUUCCACUGGGCAAGCAGUGGAUGCCACAUUCUCUCUGAAAUCGGAACUCUACACAUGGAAUUUCAGUUCAUCUCAGAACUAACUGGUGACCCCAAAUACAGUAGAUUGGUAGGUUUUGCCAAAGUUCUCAGACAUGAAAACAUGUCUGCCAUUUUCCCAACUAAGCGAUCCUUCUGUAACACCCGAGUUACAGUCUCCGGGGAGGGUGAUUCGUUUUUUGAGUACCUUCUCAAGGAGUGGCUUCGCACCAAUAAGACUGAUCGGAAGGCCCGAGAACUCUACGACAAGACAUUGGACUCAUUCGAGCGUUUAAACAUCAUCAGAACCAGUCGUGCUGGCAGCCUCUACAUCACCGAUUCACAACACGGUUCCCCCGGCCGAACCAUGGCUCACUUGGCCUGUUUUUCAGGUGGUAUGUUCGCCCUGGGCGCCUUGAGGAAGGACGCGGAUGACGUGUGGUUCAAUCGAGGGAGGCUGCUGACCGAGACCUGCCGCAAGUCCUACGCCCAGACAGAGAGCCACCUCGGUCCGGAGAAUUUCCACUUCUCUGACCACAUUGAUGCAGUGGGCCUCACGAGUAGCGACAAUUUAUACCUUCUUCGUCCAGAAACCGUGGAAUCCUACUUUUAUCUGUGGCGCCUCACCCACAACACGACCUACCGCGAUUACGCCUGGGAUGUUGUCGAGGCUCUUGAAAAGCACUGUCGAGUACCUGGAGGUUUCUCUGGAAUUAAGAAUGUGAACAGCAUUGACCCCUCCCAUGACGACGUUCAGCAAAGCUAUUUUCUGGCGGAGACUCUAAAAUACCUCUACUUAAUCUUUUGCGAUGACUUGGUGUUGCCUCUGGACCGGUGGGUCUUCAAUACAGAGGGCCAUCCUUUUCCGAUUAUGGGAAAUCCGACUGGAUGA